AUGAAGCGAGUCCGUGCUGCAGUCAAGUUUGUUAAGAAUUCUCCAGCUAGAAUUACUAAGUUCAAGAAGUGUGCUGAAUUAGAGAAGUUGGCAAACAAAGGUUUCUUGUCACUUGAUGUAUGCACUAGAUGGAACUCCACAUUCUUAAUGUUGAAAGCUGCAGCCACAUAUGAGAAGGUGUUCGUGAGGUAUGAAGAAGAGGACCCAUACUUUGCAAUUGAGCUAAAUGGCGACAAAAUGCCAGGAGUGCCUGAACCAGAAGAUUGGGAUAAUGCUUCAAAGAUGGCAGAGUUUCUUGAGCAUUUCUAUAAGCUUACCCUUCAUGUUUCAGCCUCAAAUCAUUGCACAUCUCACAUCUUCUUCCAUCAAAUUGCUGAUAUCAUUGUCUUGUUGAGGGCUUGGUGUGGAAGUGGAGACCCUUUGCGGAGAGAGAUGGGAGAAAGGAUGAUGGACAAGUACAACAAGUAUUGGGCAGAUCACAAGAGCUUCAACAUCUUGAUCUUUGUGGCUGUUGCUCUUGAUCCAAGAUACAAGUUGUCAAAUUACAUCAAGAUUGCAACUUUUGAAAUGUUUGGGGAUAUCAAGGGAGAGGAGGUGUGGACAAAAAUGAAUACAACUCUUACAAAUCUGUUCCAAGAGUAUGUUAAGUUAUAUGGUCCAACUGAGCAAGAAGUGCAGCCUGAUGAUGCACCUAGCUUUGAAGAGGACAGCAGCGAAAGCUUUAUGAGUUCCUUGAUUGCAAAGAGAAUGAGAAUGAAUGACUGUGGAAUCAGCAUCACCCCUUCGAAGUCUGAACUUGAAAAGUAUCUUGCGGAGGAUAAUGAAGCAAACAAUAGCAAAUUCAACAUUCUUGAGUGGUGGAAGGUCAACUCAUCUAGAUUCCCUGUGCUAUCACGUUUAGCUCGUGAUGUCCUAGCUUUCCCGAUAUCUACAGUUGCAUCGGAGUCAGCUUUUAGCACCGGUGGACGCAUUCUUGAUGAAUUCCGAAGCUCGCUCACUCCAUUCAUGGUGCAGGCACUAAUUUGCACUCAGGAUUGGUUGCAAAGAGAAAUUCAUGUUAACAAUGAAGAGAAUAAAGAGCUACUGGCCAACCUAGAGGAAGCGGUACUUCAAGAAUUGUCUGAUCUGAGCGUUACUAAUGCAAAGUCCAGUACAAGUGCUGGUGUCCGCAUCACCAUUGGUGACUGA